GAACCUGAGGAAGACGCGGUCCAUAAUAAUAAAAUAUUAUAUUUUUUAGUUGUAAAUAAUAAAUUCGGGAGCGGUGUGACUGUCAGGCAAGUCGACGCCGAUAAACUCUAAAAACGUCGACAUCGCUGAUAUCGUCAUCGGCAAACGGCAACGCACUCGCGUACGUAGUUGUACCACUUGUACGCGCACACGCCAUACACACGCGCGCUCGGCACGUUUUUAUUUAUGUUUUUUAGUUCGUGUUAACAUUAUUUACAAUUACAAUAGAAUAACAUAAUAGCGCCGAUCCGGUCGGUGUAAUAAUAGUUCCUAAACAAUUAACGUCGUCGGUCAAUCUCCAGCGGUCAAUAAUUUUUUUCUCGGAUAAGUGCGCGAUCCGUUUUCCUUUGAACGGGACUUGGUCAAAACGUCGUCGAUCGCCGUUGAUCCAGCUGCUACUAUAACUACCUUAGUGCCAUCGUCGUUGCUGCUGUUGCUAAUACCUUCUAUUAAUCAAUUACUUGGUAUUCGUACUAGUCAGUCGUCACCGAGUACUACAACACAACCAUCUACAAUUGCUAGUUACUAGUUGCUACUACUACUACUACUAUUACUAUUUUUACCACUAUUUUAUUAUAGUGUGCGAUUGCUCUUAUUUCCGAGGAGCACUGUAUGUUUUUCAAGUCAUAGGUUAGGUAAAUUAUCCUUGCUACGAUGUUUGAGUACUUGUAGUUGUUUUUGUCGUGCCGUAAUAUAUUUAUGUACCUAUCUAAUAUUUUUUACGUAAAGACUAUUACACAUAGAUACUAAUAAAGACAACACUUCGCAAGUUUUACCAUACCGCUUAGUUUUAAAUUGGCAGUUAUGUAUUCAGACGUGAUAGAGUCACCAUCUAAGGACUGUUUCUCCUUCAAUGAUCAGUCUACGCCUUAUGACAUGGCCGAGGUGAAUGAGAUUAGUAAUCACUCCGAUUUGGAUUAUAUUUUUGAUUCAUAUUAUUCGUCGGUAUCAAGAUAUAAUACAGGUUUUGAGCUUCCUGAAGACUGCAAAAAUAUGAGUUUCUCAGAACUAUUUGAUCAAGAACUGUUUAGUACUCAUGAAGAUAAAGACUGUCAAAUCACAAUUAAAAUUGAAAAAGAAGAACCGUCAAAUGAAUGUUAUUCUGCUGAUAAUUCUAUAGAUACUACUGGUAGUCAAAGUUUUGUAAAAGUUGAAGAAAAUAGUCCUUCUUCAUCAUUAUCAAAAAGUUUUGCUCCAAAGCGAGGCAUUAAUAGAACUUCUAUAAAAACAAUGGGCACUUCUGAUGUCAAUCAUCUUAUACAUAAUCCUUUUUGCGAAAUAGAACAAGUUAAUAAUCAAAUGUUGGGGUAUAUUAACUCAUCUAUUGUAAAAUGUGAAGCUGAAGAUGACAAUGAUAAUGUUGAAGAAAACUUGGUUGAAAUGGAAGUAAGUCCAUAUUAUUCUGCUGAUGAUUUACAACAAAAUAACACAGGUUUGGAAAAAAUUGAAGAAAUUGUUGUGUCAUCUUCAUCAUUAAAAAGUUCUAUUACAAAGCCUCGAGGAAUUAACAGAAUAUCUAUUAAAUCUCCUGAUAAUUCUAAUGCUAAACUGCUUUGUAAUACUUUUUGUGAACCAAAAGAUCUUGCCAAUGAUCGAAUGCCAGUUAAAGUUCAAACACCAAUUAUUAAAUGCGAACCCUUAGAUGAAAAUGAAACUAUUGAAGAAACCAUUGUUGGCCUUCAGUAUUCUGCUGAUGAUUCACAAUCUACAUCAAAUAAUCACAGUAUGAUGUAUGUGAAAAAUAGUGUCAGUAAAUAUGGUUCACAAAGUGCAACUAGUAGUCAUAAUGGGGGUUAAGUUAUAGAUAGUAUUACUCCUUUGUUAUUAAAAAAGUCAACUUCAAAGUGUCAGGGUAUUAAUAAAAUAUCUUUAAAAACUACCAAUAAUGUUAAGCAGCCCAUAUACAGUAAAUCAAAACAUUUAGGUACUAAUCAAAUCUCAGUUAAAGUACAAACUCCGAUUAUGAAAUUUGAACCUGAAAAUUUCAAUGGCUAUAUUGAAAAACACAUCAUUAAAAAAGAAGUGAAACCAUCUUAUUCUGCUGACACCUUGAAUUGUACACCAAUGAAUCGCAGUUUUGUGAAAGAUGAAAUUAGGCCAUUGUUAAAAAAUGCUGCCCCUAAGCAUCGAGCUAAUAAUAAAAAGUCAAUAAAAGCUACUGAAAAUUAUGGCGUUAAACACAUUGCCCAUAACCUUCAUUGUGAACCUAAAAAAAUAGGCGAUGAACAAAUUUCUGCGAAGCUUACAACACCUGUUAUUAAACGUGAACUUGAAGAUUUCAAUGACAUUAGUAAAGAAAAUAUUGAAAUGGUGAUAAAUCCAUCCUAUUCUUUUUCUAAUGGCUUACAAGGUACUACUAUAAGUCAUAGUUUGGUAAAAAUUGAUCAAAUUGUUUCAUCACCAAAAGGUUUAGCUUCUCGACACCAAAGUGCUGAUAACAGUUCCAUAAAAACAACUGACAAUUCAAAAAACCACUUAAUAUACAACCUUAACAACAAACCAAAAGAUCUAGGUAAUGAUGUAGCUUCAGUGAAAGAUAAAAUACUUAUUAUAAAACGUGAACCUGAAAAUAAUAAUAGCACUAUUCAACCAAACUUGAGAAUUAAUUUAAAAACUGAAAAAGAUACAAAAUGCAUUGAUCCAAAAGAAAUUCAUUCUUCCUAUUUAAUUAAUGGGAAUGCAGAAAGUCAAAAAGUUGUCAUAAAAAAUAUGGAAACCAUUGUAUCUUCAAUGAAAACCGAGGAUAUAGAUUCUCAGACGGAUAAAAAAAAAAUCUCGUGGGAAGAAUUUAGGGCAAAAAGAGAAAAAAUGGGUUUGAUAAAUAUUUCGGAAAUAAAAGAAGAGCCAGCAGUAGACAUAGUUGCAACAGACAAUGUUAAAAUGAAAGCAAUGAAAGAAGAGUUUGAUCGAAACACAGCUGAACAUUUUACUGGCCAAAAAAGGAAGAUUGAUGAUAAUGAAGAGCAAAUUACUACUGCUAAAGAAAUAAACAAUGAAGAAGAAGAACUGCAAAAAAAGCGGAUGAAAAUUGAAUACAUUAAAAAUCUUCUACCAUCAUCUUUUGCAUCAGAAAUAGCAGAGACGUCAAGUUUGAUGAAGGGCAGUUUAGUAGAAGAUAAUGAUAAUGAAAGUACUUCUGAUGAUUCAAUGUUAUCCAAUGAAAAAAUACAAGGAAAAUAUCUAAACACACAUGAUAAGUCCCAAAAAAAUGGCCAUCAGAGCAGAUUGUAUUCGUCGCACCGUAAUUUAUCAAGGUCUGAUUAUAAUAAUAAAAGUAGCCGUUCAUCAUCAAUAUCAUCCAACCCAGAUGAUUAUUAUAGUCGUAACAGAACUGAUGCUGCUUUACAAGGAUCACAAUAUAAUCAAAAUACACGAACCGCUCUUCAAAGGAAUAAAGAACAGAAAAGGGUGGUAUAUGUUGGACAGAUACCAAUCAAACUUGGAAAGCGUUACUUAUACAAUCGGUUCAAGGAAUUUGGCACAAUACAAUCUUUAACCCUUCAUAAAAAACCAGAUUUUCGUGUUUAUUAUGCUUUUGUAACAUAUUCUGAUAAUUCAGAGGCUGACCGUGCUAUUAGUCAUGGAAAUGAUGAUGAAAGUCAAGUGCAAUUAGAUAUUAGAUUUGGCGAACGUAAACAAACUCAAACUCCUUACUAUGAUUUAGAUGAUGAAUGGUUAACCGACUGGUACGGAUACCAACAACCUUUAGCACCAGUAGUGAAAGCACAAACUCUUGAAAAAGUAUCUUUUGAAGAAGAAUUGCAAGAAUUUUAUAAGCUUGCUCAAAUUAAAAAGUUAAAUAAAAUUAAGUCUUCUCAAGUCUCUUGACAUAAGUUUUUUAUUUUAUUUCAUCUUAUAGUGUUGAAAUAAAAAUGUAAUAAAUACUGUUAUAAUUUUUCUCUU